CUGGCUCAAGGGGUAGAGGAGUAUAAGUGCCCGAACGCUGUGACGUCAAAUGUAUUGUCUUUGGUCAUGAUCGGUCGCGGUUGAUUUGAACGCCAGUCGGUUGGUGUGUGAGCUGCGGAGAACAUAGCGGGAACACUUUCUCCGAUUUCAAACGUAAAAAUACCUUCAAAUUUUCCGAAACAAAUCAAAACGGCUGCAGCAGAAGGCAAGCACAGUAUCUAUUCCUGAUGAAAGUCAACCGAGGAUGGAUUUACUCUCAGAAACGUCAGAGGACAACAGCGUUCUUGUAAACAGAGGAAAAUGGUGCCCCCUCUGUCUACGCUAUACUCUGACGUCCAUUUUCAUCUUCUCAUUGAUGUGUUUUACGCUUCUUGUCUGCCGAAACUACGUUAAGGAUAUUCUCUCGAUACUAGAGGACCAACAUGUGAUCGUCAGCACCCUGAUUUUUAUCAUCCUGUUCACGACAGUCUCGUUCCCAUUCAUGUGGGGCUACAUUUUGCUCAACGUUGCUGCUGGAUACUUGUAUAGCAUAGUCUGUGGACAGCUAAUCGUGAUGAUCUCGGCAAUAAGUGGUUUACUUAUUGCCCACUUUGUUAUCAAAAAGUGUUUUUCAAACUGGGUAUACAAUCGAAUUAAGAGUAAAAAUUUUACAGCUUUUACAAGACUGGUCCAAGGUCCACAAGGAUUCAAAGUUGUGAUACUAUCAAGACUUACGCCCAUUCCAUUUGGAUUACAAAAUGCCAUUUUUGCUCUGACAAACAUCACUUGGUGGAAGUAUGUAGCUACCUCGGUUGUGGGACUCUUCCCAACUCAGCUCUUGAAUACUUACAUUGGUACGACUCUGAGGUCGAUGGAGGACGUGUUAACUGACGAUACUCAUACCACAACUGGCUAUAUAGUGUUUACAACACAGCUUAUCAUCACCUUUCUUUUGACAGUUUACGUUUCUCGGCGUGCCAAGCGGGAACUCGACAAAACAGUUGAAGAAUUUGGAUCCGAUGUAGAAAACGGAACUUGUCUUUCAAAAUCGCCAGCCGUCGACGGAAACUAUAACAGUAAAGAUUUGUCCACAUUGAAAACGACCAUGCCUUUAGGUCAGGUAUCAAAUGGAUUUCAUGUGUCACAGUCACAGGGGUAUUGUGUUGAAUCUGAAAAUGGGGAGAAGGUUAUAUGAUGUCAGUAUGUUGGUCAGACGGUCUAAAAAAUAGGGGUGUCAUUAUUUGAGCAUUGUGCAUUGCGCUCAGUACAAUACAACUUGGCAUUUUUACAAAACAUACUCAACUGUUGUGUGUCUCAUUUUUUUUUCCCUGAAGCCUUUGUUCAAUAUUGUAUUGUUGUUAAAUUGGGUCAAGGGUUAGAAUUGAUCUUAGAUAUUUUUGCACUACACUUAAUGGAAUGGUCAGAGGUUUCAAAAUUCAUUAAAAUGCAAUCUAAUUAGAUAAUGCCAUAUUGCCUAUCAUAAUGCCUAUCAUAAUUGCGUUCAAAAAACUAAAAUUGAUGUUACCACUUAGCUACAUGUAUAUCAGUCUGCCUGUACUUUAAGAUAUUCUCUUGAGAAUUGCUGAAAUUUCCAAGAUUUGGUUGUGAAUUGCUUUGAAAUUUGACUUCCCGGUAUAUUUGACAUCUGCAUGUGCCUAAAUAUGUUGUUGUCUUCAAAUGAUUGUAACUAAUUGUCUAAUUGAGUAAUCCUGGUAUUUGUGUACUCCUUAAAGGAAAACUAUCCAUUUCAAAAAAUGUCACUUGAAGUUGCUGUCAUUUAUAUCUAACAGAUCUCAUAUUUGUCUACAUAGAGUAAUUUAUUUUGCAUGUUUGCAGUUAAGGCGAUCUCUAUUUUGAUCUUACAUACUGGUUUUAUAGUCACAAUUACACAUGAUAGCAAGAAUGUAUUAUAAAGACUACCAUAGUCUUUAUUAAUUCUUGAUGAUAGUGAAUGUAAUUGCUGUGUUAUCAUUGGCUGUGAUAAUCAGUGCAAUUUUGGCAGCAUUCACAUUUAAUUUGGCAUCUUUGACGUCACAUUCAUUCCAAGUUGCCAAAUGAUGAUCUCAGAAUCUAAAAGGUACCAAUGUUUGAAGGACAAUCCAGUGUCCAUCGUUUCAUUUCUUCUGCGCUUGCCAAGAUAUUCCGGUCUUUCACCAUUAAAAGUCUACGCCGUUAGGUCAAAAUUUGAAAUUUCCUAAUUGCGUUAAACUGUAUUACGUGCUAAAUAUAAUUUCCAACUUUGCCAUUGUUUAAACAGAAAUACAGCAUUGUGUAUGACUGUAUUUCUCUAUGUCGUAAGGCUAAUGAGAAAUUUUCAUCAUUUUAUCAUUGUUUGCCCAGAGAUACACCUGUGUCUUGUAGAGCCACCCCUUCCCCUCCACUGUCCAGCUGAAACAGUUCAGUUAAUUACAGCAUUCCAAUAAAAGUGAUCAAUUCCCUGAUAAUGACCAGCUGUACCUUAUUUGUAGAAAUAUUGAUGGCAUUGGAAGUACUGAUGGCCUUGUCUGUGCCACAAGUAAAUAGAAAUAAAAUGGGAGAAAUGCUAGAAGGGGAGAAACCAGGAUGUGGUGUCCUACACUGGUCUUAUCCUUCAGUAAAUAGAAAUAAACAUUGCCAUUGUAAAGUAACCUGGGAGUGAAAGGGUUAAAAUCUAACACGGUUGCUGUGAAAGAUUUGUGUACCUCGAUUUUGUUUGUUCACUGGGGAUAAUUUUAAAGGAGAAACUGUGCCCAAUUAUCACAAUUUACGUCCUCUAUUAUCAGCAUUGUUUAUUUUACUUUCUGCUUACAUUCCUGUAUGUACAUGGUAAUAACUUAAGGUUUUUAAUUUGCAUGUAAAUCAUUCCUAUAAAAAUCAUUCCAACGAAGCGCAUCUGAACCUCGCAACAGAAAGGCAUCAACCAAUUUUGUGAUUUUUUCCAGGUGUUGGGUAUUUAUUUGCUUGUAAAUUGUUCUUGUGAAAAUCAUUCCAAUAUUUGUUUGUAAUAAUGAAGGAAAGGCAUUAUCUGUUAAUGAUUGAAAUGUAGCUAAAUUCGUUAAUUAUGCUCUUGGCUCACGUGUGAAAGCUCAGUUUCCUGAAUAUUAUGCUCACGAUUCACGUGUGCACACAGUGGAUAAAGGUAUCACUUUACCUUUGCAGUGCAAAGGAAACAAUUUGCCUUCGAUUAUGUUUUUGGAGGGGUGUGAUUGAAUCAGAAUGAGCUACGCUUGGCCUGACAUGUAGUAUGUAAGGUAGAGUGGUACAAUUAUUACCUCAGUAGAAUGUAGCCUAUAAUGUGGAAAAAUGCUCAGUUUCGGGUUUGAACUUUUUCCUCUCAGUUCACGUGUGAAAAAAAGCUCAAUUAUAAUGUUGUCACUCUAAAAUUUACCAUAAAGCUAAAGUGCAGAUGUUUGUUGAAAAAUGUUUGGUGUGGAUUACUGAGAAAAAGCAGCUCUCAUACUAUAGUUUUGUCCAAACUUCCAAAGAAAUUUUUGAUUUCUUGUACUUCGAAGGGACGUACAUGUACCUUAAAUUUGAGGAUGUGGUUUUAAUGAAAGAUGGAAGAUCAGCAACAGGAUGUUGAGAUUUAAUAAUCUGAGGUUUGAGGUAUGUGCCGUCAACAAACGAAAUCAGAAAUCACAAGAAAAAUUCAUAAAUCAAAAUGUCGUCUCAUUUCUCAAGAAGCUGGAUAAAACUAUAGUAACAUAAAAGUUACUUAUUAUUGUUUAUUUAAUUCGUUAAUCUAUUAUUUUUGUUACUAACAUCAUAGUUGUUAUCAAGCAAGUGACGUGCUUGAAGACUCAGGCUAUUG